GCAGUGAAGUCUGAAAUUUUACCUCUCUGCUCUAUUCGUACGAUCUGGAUCUCCAUAUUCCGUGACCUAGUAAAUACCUGCGUCGCUUGCUAUUCAUGCGAUCUUUAUUUCUCUUGUGGUUACAACGAUGAUUGUGAUGGAACGCACUGGCCAAGAACAGCAUAUGACAGGGACGAGGAAAAACAAAGCUUUGAGGCUUAAUUUUAGUCCCAAGAUCGUGAUAGGUUUCAUCGACUCCUGCUUGUCUGGAUAUCAUUUUGGACGACGACGAACUGCCUGUAGAUUGAUUCUCCUUUCAAUUUUUCCCAUUUUUAGGCGACAAGCAACAUAUUUUUCAAAAGCAUCAGCCAGCAUAUUUCUCACCCCGCAGUACUAGCAGUGUCUCUUCCACCUCCACUUCCUGCGGUACAGAGGCAGCAGCAGCAGCGCAACUUCAUUUGCGUCCGCCGGAACCGUUUUUAAUGACAUACUCAUCGAGCCAAUCAUCGCGACACCAGAGCCUGUAGUUGACAACUCACGUCAGCACCCAAUAUAGCUGCGCUUUUUCCUGGCGACAAGAGCGAAGAGAAGCACAUCCCCGAAAUGCACGAUGAAGUUGGUUCAGUUUUUGAUGAAGCUGAACAAUGAGGUGGUCCAGGUGGAGAUGAAAAACGGAACAGUAAUUCAAGGGACAAUGACAGGUGAGCUGAGGGUUAUGAAAUCAUUUUUGAAGUACGCUAGUAGCUACAACUUUUACUUUGUCUUUCUUGCCGUACCAAUUUAAUUUUUCAUCAAGGAAAUGAAAAAAUCGAAAAAGCAUCCCUUGUCUGUCUCUUCAUAUGGUGGCCAUGCUGUUGUAAUGAAUGAAAAGAAAACGACGAAUCGCAAUCGAAAUGCAGGCUGCGACACCUCGAUGAACACGCAUCUGAAGCAAGUGACAAUGAUAGUGAAGAGAAGAAUUCCAGUGAGGAUCGACCACCUGACAGUUCGAGGGCCAAAUAUUCGCUAUAUUUUUCUUCCGGAGCACAUCGAUUUGGACAAGAAGCUGCUGGAUGACUGUAUUUUUUGUUUGAAAUGUUGGUUGACGCGGAUGCUUCUAUUCUUACAUACUAGAGCUCACAGUUCGAUUUCGAUGGUACUCUUUCGCUUUCCUAUGCGUGAAGAACCUACUGUGGCGGAUGAUCCUGAUUUCUUGGUUUUCAACCUGUCAGCAAUGCGAAAAUCCAACUAUUUUCCACAGCAAUAAAGGACAAGACGAAAAAGCCGAAGAGAAAGCGAUAUCGCAAAGGUGGAGGCGCAUGGAAGGGUGGGAAAGGAAAGGGUAAAGGUUACAAGAGAUGAAAAACCGAAGGAAUGAAUUCUACUUCUACUGCGAAUUGCGAGGCGACGCAAUUUCAAUAGCCCCUAUCGUGGUGUUU